UUCCCCAACUUCCCCAAAAGUCAUGUAUAAAGAGCAUGUAAGGAGACUCAUAGCCUAUAAAAGCGGCGUGUCGACACCAAGCUGCUAUAGCCAGAACCAUGAAAUAUUUAUCGGAAUUCAUCUUAUGUCUUGUAACUUUCGCUGUGGUGGAGGGUGUAAAGCCUGAUAUUGUCGUAAUCACCGGUGAGGACGCCGUGUUGCCAUGUGCGGCGAAAUCAAAGGAGGGAGUCCAGUAUCGCUCGGUGAUAUGGUACAAGGUUGCUGAAGGGCCUUCCCGAACGUUAACUGGUCUUGUAAUGAAAAGACUAACUGAAAACGAUGGCAAAGUGCAAAAAUAUAAAGGUGUCGAACGAGAGGUUGAGCUGCUUGAGAGCACAAAGAGCCUUAUUCUGUCUAAUGUAACUGCAGAAGACAGUGGAAUAUACAGCUGCUUUCUGUCUGCUCCUCUUGGACAUCAGAACCAGGAAGGCAAAAUUAUUCUGAAUGUUAAUGAGUAUCAUACAGUUGAGCAAAAUGAAUAUAAUAAAGGUGAUUACCAAAACACAAUACAUGUUAUGGCUUUCGCAGUCCUCGGUGUGGCAUUCCUGAUGUUUUGCAUAAGCUAUGUUUGUUCAAGAAGUAUAUUCCAAAGCAACAAGAAGCUCUCAAAAGACUCUUUGCUGAAAAUGCCACAUCAAGGCAAGAACUUGAUUGUCACCAAGCAUUUGGAUUGCAAGACUUUACCUGAAGUGUUUGUGUGAUGGUAAACCAGAGUUCAUGGGGCGGUGCUCAGUAGGUCAAACUAAGCUUUGUGUACAGGACACAGAUGGUCGAUAGAGCUCAUGCUGAAGAAGACCACUGGCAGAUACAGGGGAAGUGGCAUGUUACAUGCUACUUAACCUACUUGAUAAGCUGGUAGAUGGUCACUGUGCAAAGAGUGAGGAAAGCAAGCGCAAAGGUUUCAGCAUCAUCAACAUCUUUUGAAAAAUGAAUCUUUACGUAAUGAAACAGUCAGUGAGACCAAGAGAAAUAUUCUGCAUUAGAAUUGUGGUUGCUUGUUUGUGAAUGUGACCACCAUGGAAGUGGAGAAGGACUGACCAAAAUACAGAGCACGUUUGAAUGCUGUGCUGUUAUCAAUGUUAUUGUCUGGUAUGCUUACAGAUUUUCUACUAAGUUCUCACAAUACAGCUGGUAAAUACUGUAUAUUUUCAAAUGACUUUUGAAAUCAUGUUUUCAAUUCCGUCAUUCUGUCAUAGAAAAGCACAAAAAAAAAACUACCUCAUAUGAUAAUGGAUUUAUUUAAAAAUUCAUUCGUUUUAUUUCUAUUUUAUCUUUAUGAUACGAAGUUAUUGUAUGUUAAUGCAUAUUGAAUAUAGAAUAAAAUGUAUGAAAAAAGUA